AUGGGAGCUGCUGUUCUUCUUCUUCUCUGCAACGUCCUCUUCCACCCAUCCUUCUCCUCUGCGACUGCAACCGAGCGGCCGCUGCUGGCGCCGGCGGUGAAGUCAACGACGAUGGCGAUGGAGAAAGCCUGCAACCUCACCCUGGACCCUAACUUCUGCCUGGUCUCACUCCAGGCCGACCCCCGCAGCCGCUCCGCGGACCUCUCCGGCCUCGCCGCCGUCGCCCUCGACCUCGCCGUCGCCAACGCAACCUCUACCAUCGCCAAGCUGUCCGACCUGCGCGCCUCCGCUUCCGGUUCCUCCUCCGCCAAGCCCUCGACCAGGAACAAGCUCGAGGCAUGCCUGAUCCUCUACCGGAACGCGGUGCCGCCGCUGCGGCUGGCGGCGGAGUUCCUGGCGGAGGAGCACGUAGAGGUGGCAAGGGCCAUGAUGGAGGCGCCUGUUUUCGCACCGGGGAGCUGCGGGCAGCUGCUGGGGCGGGUGCUAGCCAAGGAAAACGACGAUCUCUUCAAUCUCAUGCUCAUCUCCAGAAGAAUUGCAGAGGCUUUGACGCCAUGA